AUGGCCGCCUCCAGCAGCCGACUGCGCUCGGGGUCCUGCAGCCCGCCCACCAGGCACGGCCGCCUGAAGCUCCGCCCCCCGGACGCCGCCCGCCGCCGGCAGCGGGAGGAGAAGCUCCGCCUCUACCGCUCCGCCAUGGCCACCCUGCUGGAGAAGCGGGAGCGGGGCGAGCUGGACGCGGAGGCGCUGGCGCUGACGGGCGCCGUCCUGGCGGCCAACCCCGACGUGGGAACGUGCUGGAACCUGCGGCGCUGCGCCCUGCCCCCCGACCCCGCCGACUGGUCUGGACUGGGAGGCACUGGGAGGGGAUUUCGGGGGCCGGGGAGGGCGCUGGGAUGGACUGGGAGAAGAUCAGUGGGUACUGGGGGGCACUGGGAGGUGUUUAGGAAGGGAUCUGUGGGUACUGGGGGGCAUGGGAUGCCCAUGGAGAGGUUUCAUGGGGAGUGGGGAGCACUGGGAGGUUACUGGAAGGGAAUCUGGGGGCACUGGGACGUACUGGGAGGUGAUCAGGUGCCGGGGGAACUGGCCUUCGUGGUGGGGUGCCUGGGGGUGAACCCCAAAUCCUACGGAGCCUGGCACCACCGGGGCUGGGUGCUGCGCCGGGCCCCCGCGCCCCCCCCGGCCCCCGCCGAGCGCGCCCUCUGCGACCGUCUGCUGGCCGCUGACCCCCGCAACUUCCACGCCUGGGAGCACCGUCGGACGCUGGCGGCCGAGGAAGACCCCGAGGCCGAACUGGCCUUUGCCGGGACCCUGCUCAGCCGCGACUUUUCCAAUUUCUCCGCUUGGCACCACCGGAGCCGGCUGCUGGCGCCCACCCGGACGCCGACGUCUCCCGGGGGCGGGGCAGGGGCGUUGCCCCCCCACCGCCUCCAAACGGAGCUGGAACUGGUGCAGAACGCCGUCUUCACCGACCCCAACGACCAGAGCGCCUGGGUCUACCUGCGCUGCAUCCUCUCCCGCGCCUCCCCGCCGCCGCGGAUCCUCUGCCUCUACGUCAACCGGGAGGACGCGACGUUGGCCGUCACCUUCUCCCGCCCCGUCGUGGUGAGUCCGGAUUUUGGGGUUCCCCCCCCCGCCAGACACCGGGUCCAUGUUGGUCUUUACGGGUCUGUACUGGUCUCUAAUGAACCGUACUGGUCCAUAUCGACCUUACUGGCCAUACUGGGAAGGGUUUGGAGGCAUUAA